AUGUUGGCGGCUGAAGUUUGCGGCCCUGGCUGUAUGCCCCGCGCCUUCCUUCUGCUGGCCAAAACCUCGGGCUGCAUGGAGGUGAAGCUCAACAACCUCACGGAGGGUCGCUUUGACCUCAUCUGCCGUGUGAUUAGCGCCGCCCUCUUCACCUCACAUGGGGUCCGCCGCAACUCGAGCAUCUUUGUCCACCUCGGUGGGUCGCUGCCGCACCGGACGCUGGCUGUGCAUGGCCCGGAGGUGAAGCACUGGCGCCCCGACGAGCGUGGGGGCGCUUGCCUGCUACAGCGCCUGUUCCAGGCUGGUGGUCGGCCAAGGGGCGGGGAGGAGUCUGGCUCCAAGGAGGAGAAGUGCCUGCGCGGCAUGAGCCUCACGGAUGAGAGCCUCUACUCUGCUGUUGCCGCCGCUCUGAAGUAUCUGCAAGUGACAGAUGCCCGGCCAUGCAUUCUGAUCCUGCACCCAGAUGGGCUGCCGAUGCACGAGGUGGUCGAUGCCCAGACCGCUCCCUUGCUGGUGCUCGGAGACGAUGCUGGCAUGGAGGAAGAUGCCCUGGGAGAAGUCCAGCGGGCCGCUUUGCAUUGCAACGUUCCGGUGCAUUGCGUGUCGCUUGGGCCCGUGCUUUUGCUGGGUAGCCAUGCCUGCGUGUUGGCCCAUUAUUUCAUGGACGUGCUCCAUUCGUGCCCAGCAAGUGGACAAAAGGUGGCCGAAGCCCAUCAUUCUAUCAGCGAAAGCCGUAAAGUACAGCAUUUGCAAUGA